AUGUCUCGUCGAUACGAUUCCCGAACAACCAUCUUCUCGCCGGAAGGUCGUCUCUACCAAGUAGAGUACGCCUUGGAAGCCAUCUCCCACGCCGGUACUGCCAUUGGCAUCCUCGCCAAAGAUGGCAUUGUCCUCGCCGCCGAACGGAAAGUGACGUCUAAAUUGCUGGAACAAGACACAUCAGCAGAGAAGCUGUAUGUGUUGAACGACAACAUGAUUUGUGCUGUUGCUGGCAUGACCGCCGAUGCCAACAUCCUGAUCAACUACGCCCGCCAAGCCGCCCAGCGAUAUCUCCUUACCUACAACGAAGACAUUCCUUGCGAACAGCUCGUCCGCCGUCUUUGCGAUUUGAAACAGGGAUACACCCAACAUGGUGGUCUUCGACCCUUCGGUGUCUCGUUCAUCUAUGCUGGCUGGGACCCUCGAAGGCAAUUCCAGCUGUAUCUCAGCAAUCCAUCCGGAAACUACGGUGGCUGGAAGGCAACCAGCGCUGGUGCCAACAAUGCCAGUGCACAGAGCUUGCUGAAGCAAGAUUACAAAGAAGACUGCACACUGAAGGAGGCAUGUGCCAUGGCUGUUAAAGUAUUGAGCAAAACCAUGGAUUCUACUAAGCUAAGCAGCGAGAAGAUUGAAUUCGCCACGGUAGGACAAACGGAAGAUGGCAAGAUUUAUCACCGAUUGUGGAGUGCGGAUGAGAUUACGGCGCUUUUGAAGGAGCACGAUUUGGCCAAGAGCGAGGAUGCUGAAGAGAAAUGA